AUGGCUAUUUUCUUAUUUUCCUUCUUGUUUUUCCACUUUUCCAGAUCAGAACUUGAGUCGAGAGGUGCAGAUGGCAGACGGGACAUGGGCAUAGACCACAGCAAGGGGACCGACCCUAAACCAAUACAGCGAGAUGCUCAGGACAAGAGAGAUGAAAACCAUAAGCCAAUCUGUGAAAUUUGUGGGGAGGAAUGUAAGCACAACAUGGCUCUGAGGCAGCAUGUGCUGUCACAUGACCCCAGCUCAUAUCGAUGUCAGUACUGCGAUUGGUUCUUAAAGAGGAAAGACUACCUCGUCUUUCAUCUUCGCACCAGACGCAAGAUCACCAUGGGUAGGAAAUGGUUCAGGGGGACCAUAGAUGAGCUUCUGGAGAGGGACGAUGCGUCUGAAGUUGUCCAGGAAGAGUCCAGGCUUGUGGAGGAGAUGAGGAAGCUGAAGCGGUUGCAACGGGCUGUGAAUGACCUCAAGGGAUUGAGACAAAGGUGUAAGAUCUGCGGAAAGGAAUGCAAGCAUAGCAGAGCCAUGAAGCAGCAUAUGCUCCAUGACCCCAACUCAUUUCGAUGUCAGUUCUACAAGCGGUACUUCAAGAGGAAACAUCUCGUUUUUCAUUUGCGAACCAUACAUCACCUGUCCAUUGGUGAAAAGUGGUCCUGUUGAAAAGAGGAUCUGAUGACACCAACCAAAACUGACAGCAAAGAACUUGAUCAGAGCAACGAUUUGAAUGACUAUGACAGUAUGGUGUAGGAAAUGGAAAGCCUAGACUAUACCGAAGAAGAAUAUGACUAAAGGACAGCUCAUCAAAGGAAACGGCAACUGAAGAACCUACCACCUACAUCUCAUAUACCAUGGUAAACCAGUCAAAUCAGAGGUGGUGUCAAUUGCAAUACAUCAGGAUGAGAAGGUAGACAUUGUUGAUAGAAAGAGUGAAACUGAAUUUGCCAAUGCUUGUUUGUAUGUAAAAUCUCAAUUUUUUCUUGCCAUUCACAUUACUACUACUUACCUUGAUUUUUUUGAUGGCACAUUUGACCGCAAUACAUAACUUAUUCAGCCUUCUUGGUAGGCUUUUGAAAAUGCGCUUCAGAUUCUGAAAUAGAUGUACAUUUGAUAGAUUCAAAAUGUCUGAUAAGGUAUAUGUAGCUACUUAUGACCAACUUAUUUUUCAGUUCAUCCUUGUUUGACUAUGACCAACUUAUUUUUCAGUUCAUCCUUGUUUGACUAUUAACCAUUUGCAGCUGCAUUGGGAAGGGGGGA